AUGCAGGCAAUUGUGGCUAAAGCUCGCCAGCAGCAAAAUCCCAUUGUCAACUGUGUGAGGUCUACACACGUCGACUUUGUGGAAGAUACGGACCUGAAACCGGAUUUCUUGGUUGGACCAGAGACCGCAGUCAUAUUCAUCAGCCUGCAGUUUCAGCGACUCCAUCAAGAGUACCUGAAUGGGCGAGUGAAAUCCUUAGGCGACUUUCGCAACCGGGUGCUGUUAUGUCGAGUGGACCUUGACCAGCCAGAGGAAGCUCUGGAGCAGGUAACGUUGACAGCUUUUCAUGGGAAGCUGUCGCUGCUCCUUGCUUGGACAGAUGCAGAGGCUGCGGCCUACUUGGAGACCCUUCACCGGUUUCAGAGCAAGGGUGCUGAGGCCCUCAGGAGCCGUGUGACGCAGGGAGACAACCGAGCGCGUCUCCUAGAGGUCCUGACCACCAUCAAGGGAGUUAACAAGUCCGACGCUGCAUUGCUGGCCUCGCAAUUCGGGUCCUUCGCACAGAUUACUCGAGCGACGGAGAAGGAGUUUCUGCGCUGCUCCGGCAUCGGGGACAAAAAGGUCAAGCAGCUCACAAGCGUGCUGCACAAGCCCUUCUUUCCGAACGGGUGA